GCCGCCGCUCAGAGCGCCCCCACGCUGCCCGGAGCCCGGGGAGAGCGCCUGUUGCCUGUGUGCCCGGCUCCUCUCCGCUUCGCCUCUACAGAGGCUCCCGGCUUUGUGAGCGUGAGUGUGAGAGACUCAGCGGGGCACCGGCGACAAGCGCCGCUUCUGAGGAGCGGAGGAUGGGGGCAAGGCGGAGACAGGAGUCGGAGAACCAGUAAAAAGACCGGCUGCCCAAGUUUGUCUCCUCGGCCACUUCAGACAGCGCUGGGGCGAGUUGUGAAGACGGAGGGCUGAAGCUGUUAGAGCGCGUAGACUCGGGCUUUUCCACGCGUUUCAGCGGCGGUAUGUGAGUGAGUGAGUGAGGGAGGGAGUGAGGCAGACGGACUUUGAGCUGUGGGAACGCGGUCAGGCUGCUGCGGGCACUAUGUCUUCGAGACAGGCGUCUCUGGACCAGGAGGUUAAAAACGGAACGUCAAGAAACGUGCUGGAGCGAUGCGCUUCAGUUAAUGAGUAUUUUGACAUUUCCUUCAAGGUGAUGCUGCUGGGCGACUCAGCUGUAGGGAAGACUUGCGUCCUGGUGCGUUUUAAGGAUGGUGCCUUUCUGGGAGGCAACUUCAUUGCCACCGUGGGAAUAGACUUUAGGAACAAGGUGGUGUCAGUGGACAACAUGAAGGUCAAACUCCAGAUUUGGGACACGGCUGGGCAAGAGAGAUUUCGCAGUGUCACCCAUGCAUACUACCGAGAUGCCCAAGCUCUCUUACUUCUGUAUGACAUUACAAGAAAGUCGUCCUUUGACAACAUCAGGGCCUGGCUGACUGAAAUUCAUGAGUAUGCACAGAAGGAUGUGGUCAUCAUGUUGCUUGGCAACAAGUCAGAUAUGGCGGCUGAGCGAGUGAUCAAGCAUGAGGAGGGACAGAAGCUGGCUAAGGAAUAUGGAGUUCCUUUCAUGGAGACGAGUGCCAAGACUGGUCUUAAUGUGGAGCUUGCAUUCCAUGCUAUAGCAAGAGAGCUGACGCAGAGAGCGGCCAGUCAGCCUCAUGAGCCCAAGUUCCAGAUUCAUGACUACAUCGAGUCCCAGAAGCAGAAGUCCAGCUGCUGUGGUGGACUUAUGUGACCACUCACGCCUACACUUCAGAGAGCGAGAAAGGAAGGAUGUUAGAAACAGGAGCGGUGGACUGAUAACAGCAAUGUCAGAUAAAGAAAGCGAGUAAAAUGCUUAUUAGCUGGAUGUUUCUGUCUAGCAUUAAACCCAUCUGCCCUUUAUCAUCAGGUGUGUACCUCCGCAAAUUCUCCCUCGUUGUUCUCUGGCUGUGGUGGAUGUGCUGGGAGAGAGAGGAGCUAGAAACGGCUUAAAACAGCGAACAACUCAAACUUGACACAGAUUUCUACAAGCACUGAAGGAGCCACAAUCUUUUGUAAUAUUUACUGGUAAUUAUUAGUUCAGUUGUGCACCCUUUCGUAGUCGCCGUCUUAACUACCACCAUCUGACCGUUAAAGUGAUGGUUCACUGAAAAACCAAAUCGACAGUUUCCCGCUUACGCCAGAUACAGGUGCUCCUGGUCAAAUGACAUGCUUCUGUUGCUUUUCUAGGUGAAAACAAACUCGUCUUCACACUUCUGCAGAUUUUAUGUCUCAGUUACUGUUUAUUUGCUGAAUUUAUUCGAUUAAAGAGUGUCCUGUGCGGUGUUAUGGAACAUUUUAGAUUUUACUUUUUCCGAUUUGUUAAGCUCAGCAUAUGAAUAGAAACUGGGCACUAGAAUUUGCAGAAACAGGCCAUAUAAUAUUCUCUUAGAAACACCUGUAAUUUGACCAGGGUUGUGCACACUGUGUCUGUAUAGACAGUCAGUCAAGACAUGCUUAUUGUCUGAAGUUUGCUUCUUAAGUUUUGCACAGAAGCUAUGAAGCUAAUGUAAUAAAAGCUUAUUAGCAGCGUCAUACUGUUGUCUUUAAGAGGAAAAAAACCUGUGGAAAUGAUUCUUUUGGUCAAACGAUCACUUUAGUGUACACUAGUGCGUAAGGUCCAGACACCGUUCCCGAAUUUAACCUGAAUUGACUUCUCAAAAUGUAAGCCAUGCUUUUUCGUGCAGCUGAUUUUGUACAUAGAAAGCCAUGUUUUUCGAGUGACCUGUUGAUGACUUAUUUUUGUGUUUAGUGCUGUUGUGGGCCAGAGGCAGAAACAUUUUGUUCUGUACCUUUAUAUGAGUGAACCCAUACGAGUGUACUUUAUAAGUGAACCCAUGAAUUUUCACUUUUUUUUUUUUUUGAACUGUGCAGUCAAAAUUGAAAGCCGAGGUGGCUGUUUGGAUCUCCAGUAGGCUGUUUGUCGUUUUAUGGUCAUGACUGUAGCGCACAGUUCACAUCUCCGUCUGGUUUGUAAAUCAGGUCCGUCAGGUCUUUUCUGACUACUAUCAGCUUUUUGCUAUUGAAUCGCAUUGUGGAAACGAGAGUCUGUUCCUAGAUUAUUGCUAAUGGUCUUAUUCCGUUGUUACUUGUUAGCUUUUGAUGUCACGCUGAUAACUUUCUGUUACAGAUAUCACAAAGUGCCAACUUUGUAACUGUAUACAUUCUGUAUAAACCUCUAUUUUGUAAUGUAGAGGAGUACUGCUGCAAUGUGUUCCUUCUUGUGUUCUCAUACACAGUGCCUGUCUUUUAUAGCAGAUGAACUUUGACCACCUUUCAUCACCAAAUAAUUAGCAUAUGUAUAAGUAUCACUACACUGAGUGACACAGGACAGUCGAUACGAAUUCCGUACAUAACCAGUUAGAAGUUGAGACAAAGUUAGAAAAUGCACAAAGCAAAUAAUAAUUUUUUUAAAAUCACAUUACAAAAUAUUCCGUAAAAUAUAACUGAGACAGCAGCUCCUUCCUCCAUUCACUGACAAAUCGCCUAAAUAUGAUCAAUAGGACAGCUAUGUGCAAAGAUUAUUAACUUGUGUGUUACAUAUGACUGCCCAUUCAUGGUGAAGUGAUAAAGUGUGUUGUUACUGCAGACACUCUGUAGCAACUAUUGCUGCAGAACAUGGCGGGACUUGAAACGUGGUGCUGUUCCUGGCUGUCGAGAAGCAACUGUAACAUUCCAUAGCUGUCCAAUGAAUCCAGAUGUCUUAAAGGAGAUGCUUACGUUUAUUUUUUUCUGAUGUGCCUGUAAUUUCAGUCUCAACUUAAGUUUAUGUACAUUUGAGCCCAGACUGCUUUUUUGAAUGAGGCACAAUACAGGACAGCCAAUCAGAACAGAGGUCAUGUACAUAGUCUUAAAGGCACAAUAUAAAAAAUGUUGAAGGGAUAAGGACAGGUUGGAAUAAUGUCUUGUAAAAAUGACAACUUGAGCACAUAAACCACAACAACUGUUAUAAGGGAAAAAUGAACAAUACAAUUUAUAAUAUGGGGCUGUACUCUGUACUACAUUCCACUGCAGGUAUCCCUUCCUAAAGGACUUAGAUGUGUUUUGGCCAUUUUCUGAAUGCACAAAACGUGAUAUAUUAAUACAUGUUGAUUUACGAUUUUUUUUUCCCAUGGUUUUCUCCAGCUGUGACUGGUUUGCACAAUAAAGUAUGAUCAGGUGUAUUUGUGCACGCUGA